AUGGUAUCUUAAACGUUAUAUAUUUAGCAGAAAAAUUAAGAAGAUAAAGAUUAAGCAGUUUAAAUUGAUGAGGAUUGUAAGUGGAAUAAUUAAUGUUGUAUUGAAUUAUAGACUUUCAAAAGAUAUAUGAAAACAUUGUAUUUUUUGUUUAUAAUACUCUUCUUUUUAUGA